AUUAAAUGUGGCACGGACGGUUGACCGCGUACUCAUCUACCCUGCAGAAAUUUAUUUGGCUAUUUGUGCAAGCAUUCUGAUAUGCUUCGUAUUAUCAAAGAGCAGCAAGAAGGACUUCUUCGGCAAAGAAGGUUGCCUUUGGUGCUCGACUUGGACGACACGCUUGUGCGCCUGGUGGGUAAUGAGACCGGCCGAUAUGUACCAGAAGACCAACUUCACUUAUGUCAAGACCGCGUACGAACAUUACGAGAUGGACGCAGGGUCGUCCUUACCGAUCACGUCCAUGAAUUCUUAGACUGGGCCAAAAACUACUACGAUAUAUCAGUGUGCUCGCUUGGUGAUCAGAACUAUGUGGAUAUGGUAGUGUCCGUCCUUGAUCCAGCACACAGUCGAAUUAGAGGAAUUUAUUAUUCGGCUCGAUCAGAAUAUGAAUAUAUAUGCAAAUCCAGCGAUGCACGCCGGCCAUCCAAAGAUCUUUUGGCAUUGUAUGCGUUCUGUGCCGUCAACGAUAAGGCACCUGGCUGUGGAUUCUCAUUACCGCUUAUUGUGGAUGAUUUAACGCAUAUGUGGCCAGUUGAUCAACACGAUAACAUUAUCGUAGUCAAGGAAAAGAAAAAUGCAGAAGUAUGGACUGUAUGUUUAUUUCCAAUGGUGCAAACAGCUCUAGGAUAUGUGCACACUGAAUUCUUUCGACAGCUGGAUUCUUGGUACAGUAAACAGCACGAAGCUGAAGCCAAAGGAAUGGCAUUUUCCAAAGAUCCUCCUCAUGCUGUUGGCAUUUACAAGGAAUUCCUUCGCAAUAGUCUUCGAGAUCAAAUUGCUAAUGGUCCUCCUUCUUAAUACUGUUCCUUUUCCAUGCCUUUGUACAAUAAAUUUCAUUUUUUUUCUUGCCUGCUGAGCUUUA